AUGCCACGGAAGAAGGUUCCGCUCGACCAGCGCCAGCGCUCCGUGGUAGCCUGCUUACCUUGCAAAGCGGCCAAGAUACGCUGCGAUGCCCAAACGCCAUGCGCCACUUGUUCGAAACGCGGCCGAGAGGGCGACUGCAUCUAUCCUGAUGCGCAGGAAAGCAGCGCUAAGCGUCGGCGAGCUUCGACUUUGACGCGGGAGGAGGCAAGCAGCCCGUUGAAGAAGCGCGCUUUGGCUGCCCGGCGGGAUGACGAAGCUGCAGCGGCCACCACGAAUGGGAGCACGACUGAGGCUUCUGUGAGUGAUGAACAUGGGCCGAAGAGUCGCAUGCUGCUUAGUUCGAAGCUGCAGAAAGUCUAUGUUGGCGAGACCGCAUCUCUGUCAUACUUGCAAUUCCUGAGACACGUCGUCAAGCAUCGCAUCGGGCCGUGCAGCUUCACAGAAGGCGACUUCAACGGCUUCAUGCUCGAGAACGACAUCUUGAACGGCAGUCCGGAUUCCACAGGCACGCUGGAGCACCAUGAUAGCCAGUCACUGGCACACGUAUAUCUGGAUGCCACUAGCGGGAUCCUCGACUUCUAUCCGAAUGCGGACGUCUUCACGUCUUUGGACGGGAGCGGCGCAUCGAUUGGUACAGCAGCGCACUGUUUCAUUCUGGCGAUUGGUGCUCAGUGCCGUGGUGGUGGUAAUGCCGACCUACAGCAUGCCUCUCUCCAAUUCGCACAAGGCCAGCAGCUGUCUUUCCAAGGCAUGCUCUGCGAUCCCAGCCUCGACAUGGUGCAGAACUUCCUGCAUAUGGCGUUCUAUAUGCUAGGCGCUUGCCAUCGGAACGCAGCGUUUAUGUAUCUCGGUGUUGCUGCACAAGCAGCUGGCGCUCUCGGUUUGCAUCGACCCGAUCAAUAUCGACAUCUUCCACCCGAAGAAUGCAGAGCGAGGAUCCAUACGUGGCACAGCGUCCGUGUUCUCGCGACCAUCGUGAACUCCAUCCUUGGAAGGUCGUGCAGCCUUCCGGGAAUGCUCCAGCCGUAUGAGCAAUUCCCCACGGACGAUGAAUACGUCGAUGUCGAUGCAGUUCUACCGCGUGCAUUGGCGCUCGAGUCAAUAUUCAAGCUUUGCCCAUUCAUGGACGAACUUGAAACGACGGUGUGCAAGCAAGACGCCGCCACCGCCGAGGAUUUCUUGCAACGCCUGCAACAGUGGAGUAAAGCGCUCCCAGCCGAAAUUCGCACUGGCAAUGAACCUGUCUCGAGUCCACAUGAUCGAGAGCGAUCUGUGGCGAGGCUACACGUUGGCUCUGUGUACUACUUCACCGUCAUCCUGGUCACACGACGCUUCCUCACACUCUACCUCUUGAACGAGAUUGAGAGACGGACAUCGCCCGAUCAGCAAAAGUCGAGACUGGACGACCGAACUUCGGCUCUAGCGCAUGUAUGCCUUGAUGCCGCCGUCAAUCUUGCGAGGGUCGCACACAACGCCAUGGCCACCAAUCAGAUGCUGGGCAAUAUGUGCUUACUAAAGGCUUGGAUCUUCGCGGCCGGCCUCCUCCUCGGUUUCUCUCUGUUCGCGCAGGGCCCUCUUUCCGAUGCCGAAACCGUAGACGCAUUCAACCAAAGCAAAGCCGUGCUCACCAAAAUCGCCGAACUCAGCUUGCAGGCCGGCCACUACCUCGAAAUCCUCUCCUCCCUCUCCGACGCCGUCGACCUCUUCCAGCGGAAAAUGACAAACGAGAGAAAGCGAAUGACAAGCCAAUACUUAGACCAAAGCUUCACAGUUCACAGCAAGGACCCAUCCAACAAGGAUCUCGCUACAGCGGCUAAUGUAUCGCCGGACGACGUUCUUGAUGAUCCGGGCGCCUUGUCUAGCAGCACGAUGGACUUUGGCACCAGCAAUUUCGGUCUGGACGAUAUGGUCACCGGGAACUAUGGGCUAAUGUUCUCUGAGGGAUUCCCUUGGCCGGCCGAUGACUUGAGUUUCGACUGGCAGAUCUCCGGGCUGUUCCCGACGUGA